AUUUCGUCUGUUUCCGAAUCGUAAUUUCAAUUUUCUUCGUGAAGAAGUCUUUUGCUCAGAUGAGAAGUAGUGUCAUUGAAGUGAGUCUGUAUUUAUAGUCAAUAGAAACAAGUAAAUAAAUUAUGGAAAAUUCUGAAAAAUUUAAUUUUGGUCAAGUAAAAUACCAAUACCUUGCAGUUGUUUGCGUGAACUUGGUAUCAUUUUGCCAAGGAUUCAGUAACGGAUGGGUGUCACCAUCGCUGCAGGUCUUACGAUCAGAAAACAGUCCCCUGGACAGUGGACCAAUUACACUGCUGGAAACGACGUUGCUGGGUGCUGUACCUUUGCUCGGCGGAUUCAUCGGAAUAGUCUUAUUUUCAAUUCUAACGAACCAUUUCGGACGCAUCACUACAAUCACAUUACUUGCUUUCCCAAAUAUGGCUUUUUGGAUCAUUUUGAUUGCAUCGAAUUCGAUAAACUUGAUUUUAUUCGGUCGAAUAAUUAUCGGUGUGUCAUGGGGUGGAAUGUAUCUUUGUAUUCCGUUGUUUGUUGCAGAAAUAGCAGAUAGAAGAAUUCGAGGAUUCCUUGGAUUAAUUUUCAGUUUAAGUUUAGCUUUUGGUAUAUUGGGUGCAUAUAUUUCCGGAGCGUUUUUGGACUAUGCCCACGUUCCCUUUGUUAUACUCCCUUUUCCUGUAAUAUUUUUGGUUUCCAUGAUAAUCUUACCAGAAACUCCGAGCAGUCUGUUACGACAGAACAAAAUUGAGGCUGCCAAAAAGUCGAUUCAAUUCUACAAUAAUGGGAACGACAGUAGAAAGAAUGGAUUUGAUGCGGAUGCUGAAAUACAAAAGCUGCAAAAUGUCUUAGCUCAACGAGAGCUGGAAAGACAAGAAGGCAGUUGGAAGCACAUUUUGAACACUAAAUCUCUGAAGGGAUUAGGAACCAGUCUAUGUUUAUCAGCAAUUGUGGUGCUUAGUGCAGUGUACGCGUUUACAACAUUCGCGUCAGAUUUGUUCACUCAAUCGAGAGCUAACUUUGACGCCAAUUUGUCUGCAAUCAUCGUAGGGGUUCUGAAUUUACUCGGAAUAGCCGUUUCCGCAGUGUUAAUCGAUUCGUGGGGUCGCAGGAAGCUUUUCGGUCUUAGUUGCACAUUAUCUGGUGCUGCUUUAAUUGCAUUCGGUAUAUUUUCGUAUAUCGACAAUCAAGGCUUCAAUUUGGCUUCGUAUUACUGGGUACCUGUCACUUGUGUCUCAUUUUUCAUUUUCGUAAGUGCUGCUGGAAUGAGACCCUUACCCUGCGUAUAUACAGCUGAAAUACUGCCGAGCAACAUUCGACACAUCGGCUCCACUAUAAGCAUGUUAGUCUUUACUCUACUCGUCUUAGUGUCUAGUGCAACUAUGCCAAUUUUUAUGAAACUGUGUCCGUUGCAGACGGUUAUGUGGACGUAUGGUGGCGUCUGCUUGUUUGGCCUAAUUUUCACCGUACUGUUUAUGGAGGAAACGAAAGGAAAGAAUUUGAAUGAUGGACGUUGAAUGCAUUAAGUUUAGCUUUCUAAUAAAGUAGCAGCAGCAAUAUUACUUGCAGUCCAUAAAGGAA